AUGCCCGAUAAUGGGAUUAUCAGAUGCCCAUUUUGUGGAUUUAAGGGUACCAGUGAAUAUCAGAUAUUGUACCACUUUGAAGUUACGCAUCCAGAAGAUUUAUCUAGUAACUGUGUUCAACAUAAUGUCAACACCGCUGAUGAAUUUUACCGAGACGAAACAUCUGACCAAUUUGAAUGUUGCUCAGUGAAUAGCUUUAGAGAUGUUAUGCUCUUGCCGGAACAGGAUGAUCAAAAAAAUUUGAAUCAAACUAUUCAAAUCUCUGACCCCCACCAGGCUAGAUUUAAGCUCCGAGAGGAUUUUGAAUCAGCUUAUGAAAAAAAUACAUCACCUUCUUUGCAUGAAUGGAAAGAGAAUAAUGUCGAGCAGAAGAUUAACGAUCCUUCAGCUCAUCAGUUGGGUACGAAAAUGAAGUUGAGCGAAUUUCUCAAGACCUCCAGUAAAGUUACUGAGAGAACUCCACGAUUUGGAUCGUCAUCUAGCAAAAAAGCUCGGGUCUUUGAUAAUUCAAGCCUUGGCCCACAUGCAAAUGAAGAUAAGAUGCCAGCCUGGCUAUUUAAUUUAAUUUCAAAUAAUGACGGUAUUAUGAAAACAGUUAACCGUAUUGAGAACGGACGACCGAUAAAGCUUGAAAUAUGUCCAAAUAUGGUGCCAGGGGUUAUUCCUGUAUUGGCACAAAUGUUUGCAAAAGAUGAAUCAACAAAGAUUGCGUACCUUUGUCAUCCAGCGGUUAAACAAAUAUCAAAGCUUAAGAAGGAGGGUGGAUUUUGCGGGUACAGAAAUAUACAGAUGAUGGCAUCAUAUAUAAUAGCAUCAAAUUCCCAAGGGCACGAGAUCUUCAACGGGAAAAUUCCUUCCAUAUUCGAGAUACAAGAAUACAUUGAGGAUGCUUGGGACCUUGGCAUAAAUCCUCAAGGUCGUGUCGAAACAGGUGGUAUUCGUGGAACGAGAAAAUAUAUUGGAACCUCUGAGGUUCAAGCGAUGUUUUGUCGCUUAGGAAUCGCGAGUGAAGUCCUCGAAAUAAGAAAUGGAAUGCCUUCAGAACUGGCAUUUAAGCAGUUAUUUUCGAUGGCCCAAAAAUAUUUCAGCAGCUGUAUUGUAGAUGUUGACUCCAAAAUCUAUAAAACCAGUCUGCCACCAAUAUAUCUACAGCAUCAAGGACAUUCUAUGACAAUUAUCGGAUACGAAGAAAGGAUGGAUGGAUCGAAUAAUUUAUUAGUUUUUGACCCAACAUUUUCAUACUCUCAGGAUAUGAUCAUGAGCAUUGGUUCUACGAUAGACAAUAGUCAUUUGUUACAUUCACUAAAAUUUUAUCGAAGAGGUGCUAAUUAUUUGGGGAAGUACAACGAAUUUGAAAUAUUCAAGCUAGCUAAUGCAGUUCUGUCUUAA